AUGACAAAUCAAAAAGGCGUUGACGUUGGCAUUCAAACCGAGACUCAUUGGGAAGAUCCCAAGCAACGCAAGUACAGACGUUUGAAACACAAGGUUCUUGAAUUCAUUGCGAAACACAAGAGUGCACAAUCAUCUGUGGAUAAAGCCAACCGUCGAGUACAAGUACUUCAGCAAGAGAAAAGGCGAUUGAUGCGAGCCAACAAAAAUGGGGGUAUCGGGAAUACCAUUGCAACUGGUGAGACGGGGGAGACGGCCAAAUCUGGCAUUUUAAAAGAAGAUGCUGACAUGAUGGACGAAGACGAUGAGGUGGAUCAGCUGGUAGAUGAGGAUGAAGAAAUGGCAGGUGUAUCACCAACCCCCAAACCCAGACGAGUAACUGGAUCAAGAAGGAAACCUGUGGAGGUGGCUCGAGAUGAAGAUGGAAAGGUAAUUUUGCCUGUUCAAAUUGCAUCUCUCAAGGUGAUCGAGCUUGGCACGGUGAUCCAUGAUAGACCAGGGUUCCAUAGUGAGCGAUACAUUUGGCCAGUGGGAUACACAGUUGAGCGGACAUACAUGAGCAUGGUGGAUGCUGAGAACCAAUCGACAUAUACCUGCAAAGUUGAGGAUGGUGGUGAUGGCCCAACAUUUACUAUCCAGGCAGCUGAUACACCUGAUGAAGAAGUCAUUUCAGCCCGAACACCAACAGGCGCAUGGGCAACAGUCAUCAAACGAGCAAAUGAAGUACGAAAGCGAGAAUCGGCCAAUGCCAUCUCUGGACCAGAAUACUUUGGAUUCUCAAACCCACUCGUAGCUGAAAUGAUUGAAGGACUCCCAAACGCUGAUGAAUGCCAAUACUAUGUUGCACGUAGCAAGCGAUGA